UGUGGCACCCCACUUGGGGAAACUGAGGCAGCUCCGGCUGUGCCCGCAGGUGCCGGGGGAGGUGCUGUACCCCGUGUCACCCCCUCCUCGGAUGUCCCCAAGUCCUGUGACCUCAACGUCACCAGCUGCCAACCCUGAACCCACCGCUUUCUGAAGGACCCACCAUCCCUCUAGAAGAAGACAUGGACCCCAGCGAGGAGCCGGUGAUGGGGACCACCUCUCCCACCACCUCCAACUUCAUGCCACCUCCACCCGAAGCCGCCGGGAAGGACAUCAUCCCGGUCUACUGCUCCCUCCUGGCUGCCGUGGUGGUGGGACUUCUUGCCUACGUGGCCUUCAAGUGUUGGCACACGUGCAGGCAGAAGAAGCAACUGGCCAAGGCCCGGGCAGGGGACUUGGGGACAUCACCUGAGGGGGAGAAGCUUCACAGCGACAGUGGGGUCUUCCUCGACACCCACAGCCUUCAGGAGCCCCAACAGAGCGGCAAGGCCUCCCGCCCUGAGGGCCACCUGUUGAACGUGAUGGUGUCACCGCAACGUCAGGAGGAGCUGGUGGAGCUGCUGGAGAACGGAGGACCUGGAGGCGACUGGCGCAGCUUGGCCACCAGCCUGGGCUUUGGUCCUGAUGCCAUCGGAACCUUCUGCCGUGGCCAAAGUCCCACCCGUACCCUGCUCAGCACCUGGGCCACCACCGAGGGGGCCACGCUGGCCACCCUCUGCCAGGCCCUGGCCACCAUUGGCCACCAGGACGUCGCCCAGCGCUUGGCAGGAGCUGAGGACGUCAUCUCCACCGUGUGACCGUGUGUCCCCAACGGUUGGACACCGGGUGCUCCUGCUUCGCUCUUGGGUGGUUUGAGGGUUCUUCGGGGGGUUUUGUACCUUUUUUUAGGGGUGGGGGAGGUCAUUUGGUGGCCACAAUGUGGUGGCAGAAGGUGGAGGACGUGGGGACAUGGAUGGUCCCUG